GGAAACCAGUCCCUGAUGUGGGUGGUGGAGGCAGGGUACCAGGAUGUGGGGAUAUAUCAGUGUUCUGCCACCAAUACAGCCGGAAAUGUCACUACACAAGCCAGGCUGGAUAUCUUCACUCCCAGCAACAUCACUUCCCCUCCUAGCAGCCUCACCGAGGUGAAGGGGGGAACCGCCGAGUUUCUGUGUGGGGCUGUCGGCUUCCCUCCCCCAGACGUUACAUGGACUUUCCAGAACAGGACCAUAAAUUCCUCGGAUGUCUCCAAGUACCUGGUUGAGGAGACGGGUACACUGGUGGUGAGGGUAGUGGACCUGGCUGACGUGGGGUGGUACAGUUGUACUGCUGACAACGGAGUGGGAAAUGACUCGGCAUCAGCCUACCUGACUGUACACGUGCCUGCUAAUUUCAAGAUGGCGCCUCAGAGUCAAGCUGUCAAUCACACCCAGAACGUGGUCUUCUACUGUGAGGCGGAGGGCGUUCCCCCUCCCCGCCUGACCUGGCUGUGGAACGGCUCCCCCACCCUGGGGAAGGGCAUGCACGUGUCCCAGGGGGGGCGCUCCCUGUUCAUCCAGUAUGCAGAUUACUACCACCAGGGGGAGUACACCUGUGUGGCCAGUAAUGCUCUGGAGACAAGGAAGGGCGCAGCCAGCCUCAACAUAAACCGGAAGCCCUCUGUGUUUUCGAUCUCCAAUCCUGCACCUGUGAGAGAGGAGAGUAAGAAUACCACCAUACUGGACUGUCCUCACGACGGCUACCCCACUCCACAAGUGCGCUGGAUUCACAACAGGAGCAGGAUCAUUGACGCUGAUCAGCACAAGUACUUCAUAUCCGCACAGGGCUCCCUACAGAUCUACCCUGUGACAUGGUCUGACACAGGCAUGUACAUGUGCGAGGUGUGGAACAGUAUGGGUUCCGAUGGGGCCAAAACAGAACUGGUGGUCUGGGUGAAACCAAGGUUUGUUGAGCCAGUGCCUUCCGGAACCAAGAAGAUCUUUGAGUAUGAGAAGAAUGUGACAGUGGAGUGUCGGGCUGUUGGCUCUCCAUCACCUACCAUCAAGUGGUACAGGGAAAAGCAUGGAGAAGUCUUUGGACUAUCUCGUCAUCAACUGGUCACUGACACAGGAAAACUGAUCUUCCUCCGUGUGACUGAGGAUGACAAGGGGACUUACGUCUGCAAUGCCUCUAGUGACGCUGGAUUCAAAGUUGCGAAGAUCCGUGUUGAAAUACUUGUUCCUCCGCGGAUCCAUGAAGGCCCUGUGAACAAGAGCGUGCCCGUGGGAGGUACAGCUGAGUUCAGCUGCAAGGCACACGGACAGCCCAAACCCACCAUCUCCUGGACCUACCGACCCGGGAUGCCCAUCCCAUUCGACCUUGACCGGCACACCGUCCGCAAUCUGACCGACGGCGGAAAGCUGACCAUCACAGGAGUGACCUGGCAUGACCAGGGGGUGUAUGUGUGUAAGGCAUGGGGCCAGAGUGCAGGAGAAGACUUUGCAGUAGCUGGUCUUACUGUGCACGGUCCUCCCAUACUAGUGGAACAUCCUCAGAGUGUGGUCUUCACUGGCAAGAAGAAGAUUCUGCUGGGGUGUUAUGCAACAGGAGAGGGUCCACUCCGCUACACAUGGAAGAAAAAUGGCGAGGAGAUUGGCAAGGGAACAAGAAUACUGCUGCAGACAGGAUCAGAUGCUGUUGGUCGGUACCGCUGUGAGGUGUCCAACAGAUAUGGAACGUCCAAGUCAUACACUGCCGUGGUGAAACGUAGAGGCAAUGAAGCCUCAGAUCCUAAGCAGCUAAGUUUUGAAGCCAAGGUAGAGAUGACAGACUUGGCAAACGAGUACCAGGGAGAGUUCUAUUCCAGUCUGAGGGAACAGCUGGCAGAUCAACUGGGCAUACCAACCAACAAGAUUCUGUACCUACGAGUCUACAAAGGCCUGGUGACCUUUGACCUGGACGAGAAUCUGGCCAACCACCUGAAACACCAAAAGCUUACUGUAAAGUUGAAGCUCAAGGAUGACACGUACAUGCAUGACCUGAAAUACCUCCCACCACCAGAGCCCACCACACCCAGACCAGUCCGAACCAGGACAGUGAUCGUUGAGAAGAAAGUUCCGUAUCGGGUGACGGUGCGUGUACCUUGGAGACCAACUACCACCCCGCAGACCUCCACUCAAGACACAGAUCCGGAUGAGAAAGUUGUGCCCCAGGAUGAUGACAUAGAUGUAGGAGUGUUGGUGGGAACAGUUGUGGGGACUAUCGUGUUUCUCAGCUGUAUCUUCAUCUCCAUCACUGUCUGGAGAUCCUACUUUGCGGAGAAGAAGACGCCCAAGUCUGCUCACCAGCAGUUCUCCUUCCUGCAGCAUGGCUACGGUGUGGAGGGGUGGGGCAACCAAGGGGACCGCUUCCAACUGGAGUACCACCCCCCUCCCAACAUGAUCAAGUCCAAACCCAUGGGGUACAUGUCUCUGAAGCGGCUGGUUGACGAUAUAAAGAAGGCAGAUGAUGGAGCACUGGCAGUACUGAAACAGGAGUUUGAGAGCGUUCCUCUGAACCAAGCCAAGAUUCACCACACACCGUGUGGCACUGAACAGAAAAACCGCUACAUGAAUGUCCUGCCAAACCCACACACCUCUGUGAAGUUGCUGCAGCUGAAUUCUGACACCACCACUGAGUACAUCAAUGCCAACCACAUCAGGGGCUAUGACCGUCGACAGAAUGCCUACAUUGCAGCACAAGGUCCGCUUGGUACGACCCGUCAGGACUUCUGGAGGAUGGUGUGGGAGCAGAACGUGGACAUCAUCGUCAUGACAACAGGGCUGGUGGAGAGGGACAGAGUGAAGUGUGCGCGCUACUGGCCCAACUCUAGCGGGAAGACCAAACACGAGGACUACGGGGACCUGAUCGUGACAGUGCUGAGUGAGGAGAAGAACGUGAAGUAUGCCAUCACCAGGAUGGAGCUGCAGCACAAGGAUGCCUCGGAGGUUCGACACAUCUGGCACUACUGGUACACUUCCUGGCCAGACUUUGGUGUUCCGGAUGAACCAGACUACAUCCUGGAUCUUCUGGAGGACAUGAACUGUCACCGCGCCCGCUCCAAACCUGUCAUCGUACACUGCAGUGCUGGACUUGGCAGAACUGGAGCCUUCAUCGGCAUCGACAUGGGAAUGGAGCAGAUUCAGAAUGAGAGUAUCGUGGACCCUCUCCUGUACUUCACCAGGAUUCGUCAAGACCGUGGAGGCUCUGUACAGACUCUGGCACAGUACAUCUUCAUCCACCAGGUCCUGCUGCUGUACUUUGAGCGGAAGCGCAGUGAGCUGUCCAUGCAGCCUGACCUCACCCGGCUGUCCAUGAGCACCAUGUCCCAGGGCACCAGCUCGCUCACACAGCUCACAGCCAUGCUCUGACUCACACAGCCUGAC